AUGGGCUACCUGGACCAAGUCACAGAAAAGCUAGAUGAGAGCCGUAACAUUGGUGUUUGCUACAUCGAUUUUAACGAGGGUGACAUCUUCGUGGCUAAACUAGAAAGGAGCACGCUGAGUCAAGCUAUUGGAGGAUUAGCUCAUUAUAGCAGAUAUAUGGAUGAUAUCUUCUGUGUGACCAAUCGUGAACAUAACAUCCAACAGAUUUUGAAAUUGUUUAAUGAAGCACAUCCCUCACUGGAGUUCACUGUAGAGGUUGAAGCGAACAACAACUUGGCCUUUUUGGAUGUAGCCGUGUCCAGAAAAGAAGAUGGAUCAGUCAGAAGACAUUCACAGAAAGAAGAUAUGGAAUGGCCAAUAUACUAA